GCCGGGAGCGUCUCGGGGGAGGAGGCCAGGGCGGCCGGCCCCUCCCACUCCGCUUUUUCUCGCGUGUCCUGUCCCCGGGACUGGCAGUGGGCGCCCGGUUACCAGCAAGUGUGCGUAGGAAUAAAAGGGAGACGGACCGCAGCAAGCCGAGGGCGCACCAGCGACCAGGACCGACCCGCCCGCGCCAUGCGCUCGCUCACUGGCCCGAGGGCGUUUGUGGCGCCUGGCUGCCCGCUGGUGCUUCUGUGCCUUCUGGUGGCGACGUGCCCGCAUCGGGCAGAAGGCGAUCCCGCAGAUUCAUCUUUUACAAGUCUACCUGUUCGAGAAGAAAUGAUGGCAAAAUACUCAAACCUUUCCUUGGAGAGCCAUAAUAUAUCCCUGACAGACGAGUCCAGUUCACCAGUAGAAAAAAACAUUACUUUGGAAAAGCCUUCUGACCUGGAGCUCUUAUGCCAGUUCACGCCAUCUGGGGAUUUGAACUCAGUGAACGUGACUUGGAAAAAGGAUGAUGAACUUCUGGAGAAUAUUGAUGUUUUCAAUACAACCAAAGUGGGAAACACCUUGUACAGUCAGUACAGGUUCAUCAUUUUUAACAGCAAGCAAAUGGGAAAUUAUUCUUGCUUCUUUGAUGGAGAAAAGAAUCUCAGAGGAACAUUUAAUAUCAAAGUACCCGGUGUUCAUGGGAAAAACAAGCCGUUGAUCACUUACGUGGGGGAUUCUACCAUCCUGAAGUGUGAAUGCCACGAUGGUCAUCCUUUAAAUUGGACUUGGUACACGAGUAAUGGAAGUGUACAGGUUCCUAUUGAUGUUCACAAGAAUGAUAAGUAUGUUAUAAAUGGAUCCUAUGCUAAUUAGACAUGACUCAAGGAAGCAUUUUUGGAGGAAGAUGGAGGCUCCUACUGGUGCCGGGCAGCCUUCCAGUUAGGUGAGAGCGAAGAACACAUUGAGCUGGUUGUGCUGAGCUUCAUGGUGCCCCUCAAGCCGUUUCUCGCAAUAAUUGCAGAAGUUAUUCUCUUAGUGGCUAUCAUUCUGCUUUGUGAAGUGUACACACAGAAAAAAAAGAAUGACCCAGAUGAUGGGAAAGAAUUUGAACAAAUUGAACAGUUGAAAUCAGAUGACAGCAAUGGUAUAGAAAACAAUGCCCCCAGGCUCAGAAAAAAUGAGUCGGUGGAACAGUGAGCGAAGAGUAUUCUGCCUUGAGAAGACGUACAAAGAGUUUGUAUUCCUGCUUCCUCUCAAGAACGUGUGAAAUUUAGAUUUUUAGAAGACAGAAAACUUCCUCAGCACCCACAGCGGUAGCUUUAUAAACAAUAUAGGCCAUCUCCUACCUAAAGAUGUGUUUUCAUUUUGUAAUUGCUUUUCAUUAAAGCAAGGUGAAUUAUU